AUGGGUCGACUUGUCCUGAAUCAUCAACAAGUCCCCAUGUUUGCAGGAUCUUCCACUGGCGUGCACUUCAUCAGUCAGGCAGAGCAGAAACUUCAGAUACUCAAGAUCCAUCCCGAGUCUCUACCCAGCGAAGUAUACAGCCUGUACUUGAACAGUCUAUGCAACGCCCCUCCAGUGGAUCCCGUCCCUCACAUCGCUGCCAGCUUUGUGGCCCAGUUCCCUCUAAACGCCGAAAGCCUCAUCGAACAAGCCAUAGACUGCUGGACGCCUCUCUACCCCGUCAUCCACAAGCAAUCCACCAUCGACGCCUUCCGCUCCCUCCUCAACAACCCCAGCAACGGCGACCUCUGCACCGUCUACCAAACCCUCAUCCUCCUCGCCCUCGGCAGCAUAGGCUCACCAAGCAGCGCCUGCCCCAAACCGCACCACCACCACCACUUCCUCUGCCUCUCAGAGCACUACUACGCCCUCUCCACCGCCCUCGCCACCAAGAUCCUCGAACGCCCCUGCCUCGCCGCCCUGCAAGGCCUCGUCCUCGCCCAAGUCUACCUGCAGCUCUCGUCGCGCUACCCGGCGGCCUCGCACCUCAGCGGCACCGCCGUGCGGCUGGCGCAGACGCUCGGGCUGCACCGGCACUCGGCGCGCUUCAAGUUCGACGCCCUUCAAACGGAGCUGCGGCGGCGCGCGUGGUGGAGCGUGUACGCGCUCGAUGCGUUUGCGUCCGCGCACCACGGCAUGCCGCGCCUGAUACGGGAUCAGGACGUCGAUGCGGAUCUGCCGACGCGCGUCGACUACCAUCACGAGAGUGGUGGGAGGCUGCUCCCGCCUUCUCAACAGCAGCAGGGAUCAUCAGCAAACGUCAACAGCCCUCUUUCCUCGUUCCCGCUGCCGGGCGAGCGCAGCCCCAUCGACACGGCCAUCGCGCUCUUCAAGCUCGCCGCGAUAGUCGGAGAUGCGCUGGAGCAGCUGUACACGACGACGCGGCGGCGCGGCGGCGCGCGCAAGAUCGCCCGGCUGCAGGCUGACCUCGACGUGUGGGAGCAGCACUACUUGGCUCCUCUUUCUUCCGCUACAACCGCUACCACCACUGCUACCGGGAUAGGGGAUACAGCAACAGAAGCAGAAGAAGAUGGAGAGAGCCCACCAUCCCCAACACCACCACCCUCCCUCCCCACCCUCUUCCUCCGCGCCGCCCUCUGCAACGCAACCAUCCACGUGCACCGCCCCGCCCUCGCCUUCACCACCACCACCACCGAGCAGUUCGGCACCAGCCUGCGCGCCUGCGUCCGCGCCUCCGUCGCGCUGAUCAGGCGGCUCGACGAGGCCAUGAUGCAGCCAGACGACGGCGGGGAUGAGGGACAACAGCAGUUGCAGCAGCAACAACAGCAGGACUCCGUCAUGAUGGCGGCGCUGCUGUAUCCGAAUGGCUUGCACAUGCUGUGGCAAGCCGGGUUGACGGUGCUGUUUGCGCGGUGGCACGGGGUGGUGGGUGCUGCUGUCGACGAAGACGACAGCACCGGGGACGAUGAGGCUGUUGUGGUGAGGUGUGCGGCCGUGUUGAGGAGGCUGGUGGCUGUUGGUGGUGGGGGUGGCAGCGGGAUCGGUGGUGACGGCGGCGAGGAGAAUGUGAGGAGGUGCGCGGAUGUGUUGGAUAUGCUCCGGGUGAAGACGUUUGGGCGUGGCAGUAAUAGCGGGCGACGGGAACAGGAGGAGAGGGGGGAGGAAGAGGGAGGAGGGGGAAGGGCAGCAGGCUCGGGGUGGACGACGCGGCAGGGACUGAGUAGUCCGAUCGUGGGAGGAGGAGGAGGGCUGUCGCUGCCUCUCGAGCUGCCGCAGUGGAACGUUUGGGAUUGGCCGAUGGCGAGUGCGCUGGAGUUGGCGAAUACUUUGGAUGCGGUGCCGUUGGAUUUGGAUUUUGAUGGUGGAAAUUCGUUGUGGUGA